CCUGGGCCGGGCAUCGCCCCGUCAAGCGGGACGGAGGGAGCUGCGCAGCCCAACCCAACCCAGCCCCUCCUCGGCGGCUGACGGGAAGGAGAAGAGGAAGAACAUACAAAACCAUCCCGACCGCCGGAGGAGACGCUCUGCGCUUCGGCUCGCCCACGCCCGGCGUGGCAGCCAGCGCCGCCUGCCCCGAGCCGGGCCGCGGCGGAGCGCGACCGGAGGCAGCCCGGUCCCCGCCGGAGGAGGAGGAGGUCCAGGACGAUGCUGGCGGGGCUGGGGCGGGCGGUGCGGAGCGGCUGGCCGCCGGGCAAGCGGCAGCCCCCGGUGCUGCUGGGCGGCCGGGCAGCACGGGGCAGGCGGGAUGGCUGCCCGCCACCCUCAGCGCCUCAGGUGCGGCUGUGGAGGCACACCGGAGCUUGGAGGGGCUGGGAAGGAGCACCUUACAGCACGCUGGUGCCACCUGAUGAAGUAACUAUUAAUUACAGACAUGGUCUUCCCGUGAUAACUCUUACACUGCCCACAAGAAGCGAACGCUGUCAGUUCACUAUUAAGCCAACGGUGACCACCGUAGGGGCAUUCCUGCAGGAUGUGCAGAGAGAAGACAAAGGAAUUGAGAGGGCGGAAGUCUUUGCAACAGAUGGUAGCAAGGUCUCUGAUGCAACCUUAAUGGAGGUCUUAUUGAUGAAUGACUUUAAACUUGUUAUCAACAACACAGCAUACAGUGUGUCACCUCCUGUAAAAGAUAAGCUGAGUAGUGAGCAUGCUACUGAAAUGGAAGAUAUCAAAUCCUUGGUUCACAGACUGUUUGUGGCUCUACAUUUAGAAGAUCACCAGAUCAGGAAAGAGAGAGAAUUGCUACAGAAACUGGAUCAUCUGAAAGAAGAGCUGCUGCCUCUUGAACAGAUGAAGGCCAGAAUCACGGACAGUGUAGAUGCAAAGACCUCCAGGCUUCUAUGGGUUGGCUUAGCUCUGAUGUCAACACAAGGGGGAGCAUUGGCGUGGCUCACGUGGUGGGUCUAUUCAUGGGACAUCAUGGAGCCGGUCACAUAUUUCAUCACUUACGGGAGUGCCAUGGCUUUCUAUGCCUACUUUGUUCUUACUAAACAGGACUACAUUUACCCUGAUGCUAAAGACAGGCAGUUCCUCCACUACUUCUAUCGGAAAUCCAAAAAACAGCAUUUUAAUGUGGAACGAUAUAACAAGCUCAAAGAAGACCUAGCAGAGGCAGAAGAAUCCCUGAGGCGUCUGCGCCAACCUCUGCACCUGAGGCUCCCAAUCCAGGAAAUCAAUGACAAGGACUGACUUUGGUUUUGUAUAUAUUAGAAUUGCCCUUUCAAAGCUGAUACGAACAUUUAGUUACUCUAUAGAAACUGGAUAUUUUUGACCGCUAUAGUUUUGAAAGUUGCAAUAAAUAUCUAUAAAAAUGA